UAAAAAAUCCCAUUUGUGAUGCGUGGAUUGGUUGGGGAUUGGAUGAAAGAAACUGUGCAUAUUUUUCAUUUUUGCGCAAUAUUAUCAUCAAUCCAUUAGGAGAAUUGAGGAGUUUUAUUUGCUUUUAAUAAAUUCGCAUUCAUAGUGCUAUUGAAAGUUUAUUCAAAGUUGCGGCAUGAGUUCACGCCGCCGCGACCGAAGUAGAUCGCGCGAUCGCCACAAGGAUCGGGAUCGCGAGAAGACCCGUGAUCGGGACCGCGACCGCGACCGCGACAAGGAACGUGACCGCGAUAGGGACAGGGACCGCUCCGACCGCGAGCGUGAUCGUGAUCGUGAGCGUGACCGGGACAGGGACAGAGAGCGGCACAGAUCUAAAAGGGAUAAAGAUCGCGAACGAAGCCGCAGCAGAGAUCGACACAAGGAAAAGCGUCGCAGUCGAAGUCGCUCUCGUUCGAGGAGCCGUAGUCGUGGCAGGAAGUCCAAAGAUAGAGAUGGCACCAUUGCUCUCCUGGAUCAGAUGGUGGGAACCACAACGAAGGCCACGGCGCGGGCGGUGGCCAAUACUCCCACCAUCAAUCCCGCCACUCAGGCGGCCAUCUUAGCAGCUGCAGCCGUUGCUCAGUCGUUUGUGGCGCAGCGCCGCAUCGCCGCGCCCGUGCAGCCGGCGGCGGCCGCGGCGGCCGCGCUGUCCGCCGCCACCGCCAUCCCGCCGCCCACCUCCGUGCAGCAGAAGCUGGAGCUGCUGCAGGCCAGGACCGAGUCCCGCUACCGGGACAAGCCCGCGCAUCACGACUACCAUCCCGAUGACGACAAGGAGGACGGACAGGGCCCGCCCGGCGAGACGGCGGCGGAGCGGCGCGCGCGGCGCCGGCGCACGCGCUGGGUGGGCUCCGAGCACGACAAGACCUUCAUCCCCGGCCUGCCCACCGUGCUGCCCUCCUCGCUCACCCGCGAACAGGAGGAGCAAUACCUACUGCAGCUGCAGAUCGAGGAGGUGAGCCGCAAGCUGCGCUCCGGGGACCUCGGCAUCCCGCACAACGUGGAGGAGAGGUCGCCGUCGCCCGAGCCCAUCUACUCCACGGACGGCAAGCGGCUGAACACGCGCGAGUACCGCACGCGCCGCAAGCUGGAGGAGGAGCGCCACCGCCUGGUGCAGCGCAUGCAGCAGAUCAACCCCGACUUCAAGCCGCCGCCUGAUUACAAGCCUCCGAUCAUCCGCGUGCACGACAAGGUGAUGAUCCCGCAGGAGGAGCACCCCGACAUCAACUUCGUGGGGCUCCUCAUCGGCCCGCGCGGGAACACCCUCAAAGCCAUGGAGAAGGAGACGGGGGCGAAGAUCAUAAUCCGGGGCAAAGGCUCCGUGAAGGAGGGCAAGGUGGGCCGCAAGGACGGGCAGCCGCUGCCCGGCGAGGACGAGCCGCUGCACGCCUACAUCACCGCCACCAGCGCCGACUGCGUCAAGAAGGCCGUCGAGAAGAUCAAGGAGGUGAUCCGGCAGGGCGUGGAGGUGCCGGAGGGGCAGAACGACCUGCGCCGCAUGCAGCUGCGCGAGCUGGCGCAGCUCAACGGCACGCUGCGCGAGCACGACGCCGCGCGCUGCGCCAACUGCUCCGCCUGCGACCACAAGACCUGGCUGUGCCCCGACAAGCCCAACGUCACCUCCAGCAUCGUGUGCAGCGCGUGCGGCGGCGCGGGCCACAUCGCGCGCGACUGCCGCGCCAAGCGGCCCGGCCAGGCCGCGCUCGCCUCCCCGCACAACAAGGCUAAGAUCGACGAAGAGUACAUGUCUCUAAUGGCGGAGCUCGGCGAGGCGCCCCCGCCGAGCGGCGCGCCCGCGCUGGCCGUGAGCGCGGCGCGGCGCUUCCCGCCCGCCGGCCACACGGCGCACACGGCGCACGCGGCACACGCGGCGCCGCGCGCGCUCAUGGCGCCGCCCGCGCCGUGGCUGCCCGCGCAGCCGCCGCCGCCGGGCGCGCCGCCGCCGCCGCCGCCGCACCUGCCGCCGCACCCGCCGCCCGGACACGUGCUCCAUCCGCCGCCGCCGCACUACCAGAACGACGGGAAAAUGGGUCCCCCUCCGGGAGUGCCGGGGCCGCCGCACAUGCCGCCACCGCCUCCAGGCGGCUGGCGCGGGUUCGGCGCGCCGCCGUGGGCCGCGCCGCCGCCCGCCUUCCUGGCGCCGCCGCCGCCGCCGCCGCCCGUCUCCGGCGGCGGGUAGCCGCACUGCCACCUCUACUACUUUUCUGUGUUUUCAUAUAAAUUCAAAAUAUUAUAUCCAACUCUACACAUUAUCUUUUAUUGUAUUAACAUUGCACUUCUUUUUCAAUUUGUAACACGAAAUAUACAUUUUUUGUGUUAAGACAUCCCCUACCGAUUUGAAGUAAUGGCUUUGUCCUUGGUUAAAAUUAUGAUGUAGACUAUCGCAUAUUGUAAGGUACCUUUGUUCUAUAUGUACCUUGUCCAACUAUUUAUUUUAAUUCCGACAGCUGCCGCUGCAGUCCCGUUUAUGUAAAUUUAAAAUUAUUUUGUGAAAAUCAACUUUUGAUUGUAAAAUCACACUUAUUUACCAACAUGUUACUUAUUAAAUGCUUAUAUAGGUCUCAAGGUUUUUUUUAAUUGGUGUUAAUAAUUUGUGAUCAGUAAUUAGAUACCUACACAAAACGGAACGUAACUUCUUCCUUGUGCUUGACAAAUCUUAUCACCACGUUAUUACUGUUGAUUAAAUGAAAGAUGUUGAAUGCGGAUCGAAGAGACUAAACGAAAAUAUAAGUAUAAAUGAAGAGAGAGUGCAACAAGUGAAUGUAUUUGUGUGUUUAGGCUGUAUGUUCAGUUCACAAAGAAGAGUGGCUGCUGGGUCUCACAUUCCCUUACGAGGAGCAGAAGGGUAUCACGAAUGCCCGACUGGCCGUUCAUAGUGGAGCCUACACUUAUGUAUGGGCGUUGAUUAAGACAGAAACAAAAUGGAAGUACCUAAAGUGAACGCAGUUGAUUUAAGAAGUAAAUUUAUCGAUGGGAGCAAAUUGUGUGGAGUGAAAGAGGAUGUAGUGACCAAAAUUAAAAAGGGUAUGUUGAGAUGGUUUGUACAUGUCGAGAAGUGGAUGAGGACAGAUCAACGAAAGAAAUUAUAAGGCAAAGCUGACUGUAAACGCGGGGCAGGGCCGGCAUCGCCGAACUUUUAAGGACCUUAUUUCGAAUGUCUUGAAAAAGGGAGAUGUUAGGAGCACCCGCAAUCGUCGGAUAUGCAUAAAAAGAGUAGUGAGUGUGGAGGAAGCGAGAGGUUUGUAAAAAUCGUAGCAAGAGAAAAUCCAGUCUCUGCCUACCCCAAUGGAAGACAGACGUGAUGGUAUGUAUGUAUGUAAAAACUCAUGCGAAGUGUAAAGUUAUACCUAUAUAUACUUAUGCAACAAACAUUGAUGAUUUGGACAGAUUAUUUAUUAUAUUUAUAUUUUUAAAUAUAAAUAAAAUAUUUUUCAAAUAUAGCAAUUUUAGCAUCAAAAAUUUGUUGGACAAGGUAUAGAUAAUAAUUAUAUAGUUUUUCAUAGGAGGUUCAUGCUUUUUUAUGUACCUAGGUACUCAUUUUUCACAAUAAUGACUAGGCUUAUUAACCAUUCCAAUUCAGAGCCAUCUUAUAGUCGCAAGACUGAAUGUACAAGUCAAACUUCUUUACCUCACACAAAAGCAAUAAAAGAUUAUACAAUU